UGUAACCAGGUUACAGAAUGUGAAGAGGACGGAGAAUGUUGGGUGAGGCAUAUGACACAGGAAGCUUUAGCUAUUCACGUUCUCAGAUGUAAAUGAAACAGAACAAUUCCAGUGAAAAGAGAGGACAUUACGGCUGGGAAUAUACAUGUUCCACAUACAAGUGGCAUGGUCUUCUGAAUCUGAGGGCUGAAACAAGUUACUCACAUGGGGCGAAGUAUAAGUUCUUCAACCUACCUGAAUGCCACCUGAAUUCUGCGCCAGAACCAUGCAUAUGACAUGCGGCCAAUUACAGUAGCAGAAUGCUGCUUCGUCUUUUGCUCCUUUUACUACUACCACAGAAGAAUAAUUCAGCAAAUGAUUCCUGUGACUUAAAAGUUGAAUUCUCAUCCAAGAACUUUAAAAAUAUCCUAACCUGGACAACAAAUAAAAAAGAAGGAAUUCGCUACAAUGUAAUGUACAAAAAAUAUGGGAAAGACCUCUGGUGGAAGAAAGCAGAAUGCACAAAUAUCACUCAGAACUGGUGUGACCUAACAAAAGAAACAAGCCAUCUUACAUCUAAAUAUUAUGGCAUGGUAGUUAUCAGUGACCAAAACUGUAGCAUACAAACAGAUCGAUUUAAACCAUUAUUUGACACUAUACUUGAUCCUCCAGAAGUCAACCUAUUUUUUUAUGAUACCACAAUAGAAAUACAUUUAGCGCAUGUUGUGGAAAAUCUCAGUAGUAUUCAUAAGGAUUUAACAUAUGAAAUAAAUAUUUCUGGAUUUAAUACAGUUACAACCCGGAUACCUUACUAUAAGAUAGAAAAUUUAGACUUACAAACAUCAUACUGUGUAUCUGCACGAUUGUCAUGCUUCAGAUGCCGUACGUCACUUUCCAACCAAAAAUGUACAACACCUAAAACAGAUCACAGUUCUGAAGAGAGGACGAAAAUUAUGCUAUAUAUUUUGGCCUCAGUGCUGGUUAUAUUUGCAGUCUUUAGUGCAGGAUACGGUGUUCAUAAAUAUAUUUAUGUUGACAACCCUAAGCAACCAAAAAUUCUUAAUAUAAAAUCCAACAAUAAGAACAAUGUAGUCUUAUUGGAUGCACAUAACGUAACAAUAAACAUCAUCAAAAUUGAGUCUGGCAAGUCACUUGAGCAAAACACAAUGAUGGCUGACAAGGAAGAUAAAACACAGGUCAAGACAGAUCUGUACUUCACAGAUGGUGGGUAUGAUGCAAGACAUGGCUCUCAAGUUGCAGAAGGUGAUGACCAUGGCUAUGUUAGCCUUCUGGAACAGGUGCCAGCUACUAGACCUCAGGUGUCACCAUAUGAUAUGCCACAUAAUCUUGUAAAAAUACCUGUUAAACCAUUAAUGGUACCAUCAGUUACAAACACAGAAGAAGAUCUAUAUGGACGUAUCAAAUGUAAUUCGAAUAUUGCAUCUAUUGAAGUAAAAAGUACAGUAGAAGAAUAUCAAAAGGCAAAUAUCUCUGAAAAAACCUUUACGUACCUCCCAAAAAAUGAUCAACAUAUUCCCAAACUGCAUGAUUUACAUCGUGAACUGUCUAAAACCAGAGAAUCUUCUAUAGGACAAGAUGCACAUAGCAUAGAUGUGAAAGAUGAUGCAGACUUUAGCGAAUGCGAUACUCUCUUUGUAGACUGGAGUCCUACCAGUCAUCACCUCUAUAUACCAAACUUCCCUAAUAAAACAGAAGAUGAAGUUGGUACAGAGGAGUGCCAGCAAGUGGAAGGACUUUUAUCUCAUCUUUACAAACCUAUUCAAAUAGAGGAAACCUCUGAGGAACUGGCUUGUCUAGAAGAAAGAUGGCAACUCCAUGUCAAGGCAGAGUAAAAUAAACCAUAAAAAUUAUCUGAAGGUCCAAGUAGAUUUUCCUUAUAUUGCACAAAAUAUUUUUACAUCUGCCCAUUAUUACUAUAGGUGGAAUGAGUCUAUACACACCAGAUAGUCUUAUACAGUAUUACUAUAUGUUUAAUCCACAAUUCCUGUAGCUUGGUGCCUCUGUGGUCAUUGAUGGAAGACAUUCAUGUUGCAUGCAUAUAAACAUGGAAGGCUGUGAUUCUAUUGCAUUUAUUGUAUACAGUCUGCAUAUAUUUUGAAAAGCUUGGACUUUUAUGUGUCAGCAUAAUUUUUAACAGAGAUUUUCUGUUCAGAGUAAUACUCCAAAUAAAUGUUAUGCCUGUACAGUGUCCUAUGUCAGAGACUUCCAUCAGAGGUAUAUGUUGAAAAAUCGUCUGACAAUUGUCUCCAUCGGAAGACUCAAACACAGAGCCUACGAUUUACAUUCUGCAGCAUUCCAGCUUCACUUUCCAGGACCUUGUGCAGAAACCUGCAGUGGGAGAGUUAGGCCUCCUGCACACGAAUGUGUGCUGCCCGUUGCCGUUUUGCAGACCGCAUUUGCGGAUCCACAAUACACGGGCGCUGUUCCGUGGGCAUUCCGCAUCACGGAUGCAGACCCAUUCACUUG